AUGUUUGGGGAUGAGGCAUCUGUCUCUCGAAAAUUGUUUUUACAUCCUCCACCGGACUUCAAUGGAUUUGAUAGGUUAGUUAGCCUAGAACUGUAUGAAGUCACAAUUACUUCCAAAUCACUUGAAAGUUUAGUCAAUCACAGCCCGUUGCUUGAGCGUUUGGUGCUACAAGAAUUAUAUAUUCAAGAUCAUAUUCAAGUUAAUGCUGCCAAGCUAAGAUACUUCAAUUUCACAGACAGUAUAAUAUCUGUUUCUUUAAAAAAUGUCCCUCUUCUUGAGGAACUUUCACUUUGGGAUCCGAAAUCUUCUGAAAAUGCAGGGGAAUCUGAUAUUUCCAAUGUUGUCCAGUCCUUGGCUACAGGAGCUGGUGAAGUACCAACAAGGCUUCCUUGUGCUUUUAACCGUCUUGGACAUCUUCGCUUAUCUGAUAUUAGUCUGAGAGAAUUAGAUGAGGUUUCAGGUGCCUUUUGCUUGAUCAGAAGCUGCCCAUAUUUACACGAUAUGGAAAUAAAGGUGUUCCAUGACGAUGAUAGUGAAAUUCCUGCACUAGAUUCCCUUGAAAGCUUCGCAGAUGUGACAUUUAAUCACCUCAGAACAGUUAAACUAGAAGGCAUUAUAGGAACAAAGCUUGAGAUGCAGCUUAUCAAGCUUCUAUUAGCCAAGGCCCCAGUGUUGAUAAGGAUGCAAAUAGAGCCUGGGGUAGGAGAUAACUCUCCACAAACAAGACUCCAAGUACUUGUAGAACUAACAAGAUUUCGUCGUGCAUCAACUGAAGCAGUUGUGUAUAACUUGACUGCAAUGCAGUUUGAUCUUAUCUUUUGGCAGACCAUGAUCUUGGCUAAAAGUGCUCUGGCAGUUAAAAAUCAAUAG